AUGGCUCCCGUCUCGACAGUCUCGCGCGCGCUCGCGCGGUCCGCUGCCUUCCGGCUCCCGACCAACGCCGUCCGCGCCAUGAGCACGACCCCGGCGGUCUGCGGCUCGGCUGCUUCGUCGACCUUCCAGAGCCCCUUCAAGGGCGAGAGCAAGACCACUAGGAUUCCGGACUUCUCGAAGUACAAGACGUCGGGCAGCAGCACCCAGAACGCGCUGAUUUCCUACUUCAUGGUCGGCACGCUCGGUGCUAUCUCCGCAGCCGGUGCCAAGUCCACUGUGCAGGAGUUCCUGGUCAACAUGUCCGCUUCUGCUGACGUUUUGGCCAUGGCCAAGGUCGAGGUCGACCUUGCUGCCAUUCCUGAGGGCAAGAACGUCAUCAUCAAGUGGCGUGGCAAGCCCGUCUUCAUCCGUCACCGUACCCAGGCCGAGAUCGAUGAGGCCAACAGCGUUAACGUUGCCUCUCUCAGGCACCCCGAGACCGAUGACCAACGUGUCAAGAAGCCCGAGUGGCUCGUCAUGCUCGGUGUCUGCACACACUUGGGUUGCGUGCCCAUCGGCGAGGCUGGUGACUUUGGCGGCUGGUUCUGCCCUUGCCACGGUUCUCACUAUGACAUCUCGGGCCGUAUCAGGAAAGGCCCUGCUCCUCUGAACCUCGAGAUCCCGGAGUACGACUUCUCGGAGGAUGGCACCAAGCUGAUUGUCGGUUAA